CCACCACCAUCAGCAACCCUGUUCUCCCGGUUUUGCUAAGGCAGGGAUUUCUCUGUUGUAGAUAUAUUAUGUCCGCAACGCUCAGCCCUUCGGAUUUUGUCUACCAUCGAAAAAGGGGUAGCAUUUCCAGCCUGCUAUGGUCUAUCUGGCUCAGGUUUCCACCAUCCAUUCAACUAUCCUACUAUCGACUGCUAUGGCGCAUCGCAUAAUGGCAUCAUCCACGAACGACACUAUGGGUCAUCCAACUUCCCUUCAAUCUUUACGCUAAGGAUGGGUAUGGCGUAUCUGUCGGCGAAGCUAUCGCCACUCAGUUCGUCUCAGAAAACACCACUAUACCAGUUCCGUGCAUCUUGGAUGUUGUACCGUCGGGCCUAGACAACCCAUACUUUCCAAACAUGCAGAGAAACUUCAUUCUCUCGACUGGCAUCCCUGGGACAAUGUUCGGUCGCAGCGGUGUACUUGCGGACAAUAUGACUGAGGAGCAGGCGUCUGUGUUUGUAGACACUCUUCGUGGGUGGAUUGACCAGCUUAGAGGGUUGCCUCCACCAGGCCACGCGAUAUCUGGUAUCAACGAAGGCGAACUCGUCUGUCCCUUUGCGUCACAAGAAGAAUUUCAUGCUCAGUAUUUUUGCACGCCUUGGGAACCCCUCGAUGAUCAUGUUCGUGCAGCACUAGCUAAACGACAGUCGACCCAAUACAAGAUAUGCUUCACGCAUGGCGAUAUCACACCUAUAAAUAUUCUCGUUGAUAAGGAAUUGCGACCUAUUGGGCUAAUAGAUUGGGAAUGCGCCGCGUGGAUGCCAGAGUACUGGGAAUAUACAAGAGCCAUAUAUAUUCGCCAGAGCUACGCGGGAUGGUACCAUUUGUUCGGACGGAUAUUCCCAGACGAUGACGACGAGGUAGAAGCGGCGAUUUGGAAACAUUACGUGCCAUGACAGUUAUCCAUAUUUUUUACUCUUAAAAGGCAUGCAUGAUACUACGAGGUCUUGGUCCUGGUCUUCUAAGAGAUGUAGAAAUUCCACUGUACUUUCUAUCAAAAAAUCCAUUGUUCGUUACCAAGCGCACACACCCAU